CCAUUAUUCUUUUUCUCUCUAAAAUGCUAGUGGUUCUCCUCCCUCUUCACAAUUUCUUGUGCUUAAACUUGUUUGGUGGCUUCAAGAUGUUAGCAGCUUAAGCCCACAAAAGGGUAAAACUUAUUGAAGCAUUAGGAGAGAGAGGGAGAGAGAGAGAGAGAGAUGGACAACGAAACUAACCAAGAAAACCCAUCUCUCCCCCCAAACAAUUACACCUCCACAACCAAGGAAUUAGAGUCUCCAAGAUCAAAACCCCAACAACCUCUUGGUGUUGGUGGCAGCAGUGACAGGCUAAAAAGAGAUGAGUGGAGUGAAGGAGCAGUUUCUAGCCUCCUUGAGGCCUAUGAGACCAAAUGGGUUCUCAGAAACAGAGCAAAACUCAAAGGCCAUGAUUGGGAAGAUGUUGCAAAACAUGUCUCGUCUCGUGCCAAUUGUACCAAGUCCCCCAAAACUCAAACCCAGUGCAAGAACAAGAUUGAGUCCAUGAAGAAACGAUACCGUUCUGAGUCUGCCACUGCUGAUGGUUCAUCAUGGCCUCUCUAUCCACGGCUUGAUCUUCUGCUACGUGGCAGUGGGCCAUCCCCAACAGCAGCAUCAGCAGCAGCAACUGUAACAGCUGCAGCUAUACCACCACCACCACUACCACCACCACUGCCAGUACAACUGCAUCCUCCGCCGCCUCAGAACAAUCAUCCUUUGAUGCUACUGGAGCCAUCAGCGUCGCUGCCGCCACAGCCACCACCUACUGCUCCUCCUCAACCUAUAGGAACUGCCCAAAAUUCAUAUGGAUCCAAUGGUGUUGAUCAUAGGGUGGCCAAGGAAGAUGGAAUGGGGAUGAAAUUGUCAGACCAUGCAUCAGACAAGAACCCUUUGGAGAUAGACAGUAGCACCCCAGCUCUUUACAGUGACAAGGAAAAAUUAAGGUCCAAGAGAAUGAAGAGGAAGAUAGAGAAAAAGAAGCGGCGAAGACGGGAGGAAGUAGAGAUAGCAGAGAGCAUAAGAUGGUUAGCAGAGGUUGUGGUGAGAUCAGAGCAAGCAAGAAUGGACACAAUGAGGGAGAUAGAGAGGAUGAGAGUUGAGGCAGAGGCUAAGAGAGGAGAAAUGGAUCUCAAGCGCACCGAAAUUAUUGCCAAUACACAGUUGGAGAUUGCAAGGCUCUUUGCGGCUGGUGUUGGCAAGGGGGUUGAUUCUUCUUUAAGAAUUGGAAGAAGUUGAGGAACAAUAAUGGUCAGGUUUGUGAGUAAGUAUGAUAUAUAAUGUAUAGAAUUUAUGUAGUAUGUAACACUGAGAGAAAAGAAAGGAGAACCUUUUGGAAGCAAAGGUGAGGAAGAGUCAACUAAUUAACAUGUAAUAUAUAAUGCGAAUUAAGUAGUUAUUGUAGGUACAAUAACAUAUCUACCUCAUUGUAAUGUACAUGUUCUCUCUUUCAGCAAGCAAUAUCAGUGUUUAGACCUAGAAAAA